AUGAGUGAUUUAGAAAAUGAAAUUCUUGAACUUAUUGGCGAUCAGAAAAAAGAAUCUCGUCGUGGUAAUUAUUCCGAAGAGGAUGGUGAUUCUAAUAAUAAUAAAUCUGAAUCAUUUGGACCAGAUUUAUAUCAUGAUGAUGUUGACAGAGAAAGGUUAGAAAAUUUACCAGAGUUAGAAAGAGAACAAAUUCUUGCAUCAAGAGCUGAAAAAAGACAACAUAAUAUGGAUUUAAAUGUUAUAAAAAAUUUAUAUGAUGAAGAUGAUGUAAUUGAAGAAGAAGCUGGAUCAUCAAGAAAAAAGAAAGAUUUACAAAAAGCAGAUUUGGUGGAAUUAAAAAGAAGACGUGCAGAAAAAGGAAAAAUGAGACAAAUUGUGAAUAUCAUAGUAAAUAAAUAUGAAAAUGAUGCUCUUUCAAGUGAUGAUUCAAAUGAUAAAUCUCACAAUGAUGAUAUUAAAAUAGAAGAUUUAAGGAAAAUACAGAUCACACGUUCUCAAGUUGCUAAAUGGAUGUUUACUCAAUAUUUUGUCAAGACUGUUAUAGGAAGUUUUGUAAGGUUAAAUAUAGGAAAUAAAGAUGGAAGACAAAUUUAUCGCAUUUGUGAAGUAAUUGGAGUUGAAGAAGUAUCAACACCAUAUUUUAUUGAGAAAUCUAUUACUAAUAAAGUUUUUCUAUUAAAACAUGCAGAAGCAGUAAAACAAUUCAAUAUUCAAAAUAUUUCAAAUAAUUAUUUUGAUCAAGGUGAAUUUGAUCGUUGGCGAAUAACAAUGAAAGUUGCCAAGUUACGAAUGCCUUCUUUUGAAGAUAUUCAAAAGAAACAGUUACAGAUAAAAGAUGCAAAUGAACAUAAUCUUACACAUCAGGAAGUUGAUGAAAUGGUUAAAAUCAAGAAAGAAUUGAGGAAUUCUACAUUUUUGUUAGAAAAAUCUGAAUCAUCAUCACCUUUACAAAAAGAAUCAUCAUUGUCAUCAAUAAAACAACAAGAAGGAAAAAAUCUCAAAUCAAUUGAUAUAUUUAAUAAGACAUUGCCAAUUUUAGAAACUGGUAGAAUUGCUGUUAAAAAAAGAAAAAAAAUACCCAGGAAAAAUUUGGAUUCAAUAUUACAUGAUGAUACACUUAAUAUAAAACUUGAACCGACAGAUCCUAAUUAUAGGUUUCAAAAAGCCAUCAAUAGAAAGAUGAAAAAACUAGAAAAAUUACUUUAUAGUGCUGAUAUUGAUAUGAGACUUGUACCUGAUCCUAGAUAUGAAAUAGUUAGAGAAUUUGUAGAAACAGAAUAUGAAAAAAAAUAUGAAAAUUUUCGAAGAACAGCCCUACCACCUUUACCAAGUUGUGCUUAUAAUAAUAAUCAUUAUGAUGUUGGUGAACAAAUAGAAUUUUGA